AUGUUGCAGCGCAAAAAGAGCUCGCGCUCAACACGACGACAACAGCAGUUCCUGCACUGCCUGCAGGCGUCCACGAUCGAUCUCGCCACGCUGCGAUCGCUUGCAUGGAGGGGUGUACCGAGUGAGCUGCGCCCGAUGGUGUGGCAGCUGCUGCUGGGGUAUCUCCCCGUAGCGAAGGAAGCGCGCAAGGCAACGCUAGCGCGCAAGCGGGCCGAGUACGAGGCGGGCGUGCAGAUGGCGUUCGCAAAGGGCAUCGAUGGACUCGACCAGGCGAUCUGGCACCAAAUCCACAUCGACGUUCCGCGUACCAAUCCGGGGCGAUCUUUGUGGCAGAGGGAAGCGACGCAGCGGUCACUGGAGCGGAUCUUGUACGUCUGGGCAAUCCGACAUCCAGCCUGCGGCUACGUGCAAGGCAUCAAUGACCUUGCCACGCCCUUCUUUGAAGUGUUCCUCUCGGCCUACAUUGACCCUCCGCCCGAGACGUUCGAUCCGGGCCUCUUACCAGCCGCGACGCUUUCCGCGCUCGAGGCCGACACGUUCUGGUGCCUGGGGAAAAUGCUUGACGGUAUCCAGGACAACUACAUCUUUGCCCAGCCGGGCAUACAGCGCCAGGUCCGGCGCUUGGGCGAGCUCGUCGCGCGGAUCGAUGCGCCACUGCAUGCGCAUUUGCAGAGCCAGGGCGUCGAGUACAUGCAAUUCUCGUUUCGGUGGAUGAACUGCUUGCUCAUGCGCGAGAUGGCCGUGCAGAGCAUUGUCAGAUUGUGGGAUACUUAUCUGGCGGAAGGUCCGGAUGCAUUCUCCGACUUUCACCUGUACGUCUGCGCCGUCUUCCUCCACAAGUGGACGACCGAGCUACAGACAAUGGACUUCCAGGGGAUCAUCAUGUAUCUGCAGAGCCUGCCCACGCAGAAUUGGUCCGACAAGGACGCGGAGAUGCUCCUUAGCGAGGCCUUCAUGUAUAAGACUUUAUUUGGAAACUCGGCGCAUCUGAACAAGUGA